GCCACGCAGAGACGUUUGCGAUUCGACCGGCCGCGGAGGCUGCAGUCGUCGUCGUCGUCGCGUUUCACUAGUGGGAGUUUGCCGGCGUAUAAAAUAUAAGGCGAAACGAGCACCGUACACUGUACAGCCAUGCACGGCGUAGCGUUCGGGUGUCUGGUGUUGUUGAGCGUUUGGUGUUGUCAUGCGCGGGGACACGCCACAGCCGCGGCCGUCGACGAUCCAGGGGGAUCGUCGCGGACGUCGCGUUCGUCGUCCGGGGCGAUGAUGAUGGUUCCCACCGUACCGUCGCCACUGAUGUCGGAAGUGUCGACGGCCACCACCCGAGGCCUGGACGCGAUGGUAGCAGCCGCGUCGUCGUCGUCGGCCGGUGCCGCGGACCUGGACACGGCCGCGUCCAAGAAGAAGAAAAAGAAAAAGUCGAAAAAAUUCAAAAAGGGAGGUGGUGCCAGCCACAAGGAGGACCAUUUCAGCAAGAAAGGCAAAAAGGCCGACAAGGGGUACAAGUCGAAACACUCGAAUCACCACGGCAAGAAGGGCCACCACAAGAAGGAGGACAAGAAGAAACACUUUGCCGAGCACGGCGGCCACAAGAAGAAGCACCACGACGAGGGCGGCUACUACAAGGACCAUCAUAAGGGCGAGAAGGGCGAGAAGGGCCACAAGUUCGAAGACAAGGGCGCGUACAAGAAGGGACACAGCACCAAGGGCAAACACGAGGUUCACAAAUUAGACGAGUUCAAGAAGAACAAAAAAUUCUACGACGAGCACCACGACUCGGGACACCACAAGAAGCACGGUGGCUACGAACACAAACACGGGCACAAGGAGGGCAAGAAGUACAAGAAGGGUCACAAGCACGCCGGACACCAUCACGACCACAAGGGCAAGAAGGGCAAACACCAUCAUGGCAAGCACUACAAAGAGCACAAGGGUCACAAGAAGGCGGCGGGACACGACGAGAAGUACGGACACAAGAAGGACUACGCGAAAAAGGGUGGCCACGACGAGCACAAAAAAUGGAAAUUCAGCAAAAAACAAUAAUCUGCUCGUAGGUACCUGUACUAGUUUUAGAAUUUUAGUCGUGACGGAAGUUGUUGCUGCAGUCGCUGUCGUCCUACGAUCAACUCGUAAUAAUUAUAUUACCUGAACUGCUGCAACGUAGGUAUAUUAUAUUAUUUAUAAUAAUAUUAUGUUAAUGUAGUAGUGCCUAUUUAUAAUGUAUGUGACGUUAUCCGCGACUGAAUCAGUUCGUGUUAAACUUAAUCCUUUUCUAUACGUAUAUCUUUUUAAAUAUAUUUAUAUAUAUGCAUAAUAUUAUUAUAUUUAUAUGCUUGCAA